AUGGCAGCCACCUUGUCGGUGGCAGCGCCGGCCGACCCUGACUGUGACCAAGGGGUGCGCUUCCACGGCCACCACUUGCACAAGCGUUCCGUGGUCUACGACUACAAGUACGUCACCAUCACCGUCGACAAGAACGGCAACCCCAUCGCCACUACCGAAACGUCGCAAGCGCCCGCUCCUACCCAACAGGGGCAACAAGACGCGCAACAAGGUCAGCAACAAAAGGGCCAACAGGACCAAGCGCUGACCCAGCCGUCGCAAUCGCCUCAACCGACCUCGACCGCCGCUCAAGCGCAAGACACUAAGGUGAGCGACGACGAGUUGAACAUUGGCGGCGUCAACAAGGCCAUCGUUGGCGGCGGGUCGUCGAUCUCCGUCGUCGCUCCUUCGAGAGCCGACCGCGCCUCGACUCAGACCUCGUCCCUGGCUGCCCCCACUUCGUCGUCCUCCUCUUCUGGCGGCUCGUCGCAGGGCGGUUCCGGUAGCAUCAACGGCGACUUGGCCCCCUACCAAAACCCCACCGAAGAGUUCCAAGACGGCGUCCACGACUGCUCGUCGUUCCCUUCGGGCCAAGGUGUCAUCCCUUUGAACAACUUGGGCCUCGGCGGCUGGUCGGGGAUGUACAACUCCAACAGCGGCAAGGUGUUUGACGAGAAGACCGGCGGCCUGUGCCAGGACGGCUUCUACUGCUCGUACGCGUGUCAACCGGGGAUGUCGAAGACCCAAUGGCCCUCGAACCAACCGGGCUCGGGUGUCUCUGUCGGUGGCUUGAUCUGUAAGGGCGGCAAGCUCUACAAGUCGAACCCCAACCAGAAGUACUUGUGUGAAUGGGGUGUCGACGCCGCCGAAGUGGUGUCGCAAUUGGACAAGUCGGUCGCCAUCUGCCGUACCGACUACCCCGGUACCGAAAACAUGGUUAUCCCCACCGUGGUUAACGCCGGCGGCAAGAACUACUUGACCACCGUCGACCAGGAAACUUACUACCAAUGGCAGGGCAAGCCCACCUCGGCCCAGUACUACGUCAACAACGCCGGCGUCCUGUACCAGGACGGGUGCAUCUGGUCUGACGCCGGCUCCGGUGUCGGCAACUGGGCCCCCUUGAACUUCGGUGCCGGCUACGCCGCGGGCGUGUCGUACUUGUCGUUGAUCCCUAACCCUAACAACCGUGACGCGCUCAACUUCAACGUCAAGAUCGUUGCCGAGGACGGCGCCGACGUGUCUGGGGAAUGCAAGUAUGAGAACGGCGUCUACAACGGCCUGGGCAAGGACGGGUGCACCGUCGGUGUCCGUUCGGGCCGGGCGAAGUUUGUUCUCUACAACUAA